ACAUGCGCACACUGAUCUCAGAUCAGACUGAUCGUCGCAUUUUAACCACACGAGACAGAUGUUGGUGAUUUUUGGACUUCUGCAUAAAUCAAACGUCCUCAGAGGAAACAGAGCCGACACUUCCUGUGACAAUCAGCCCUGUUUCUAAUUGGAUGGUUCCCCCUCUCUCUCCUCCUCCUCCUCUCCGGGUUAUUGUCACUGACAGUCGGAUUACUCCCGCACAGAGCAGCCUGCUCCCUCCUCUGCCUCCUCCUCCGUCCGACAAUGCGGACACCAAGUACGGAUUUAUAAUUUCUUCAUCCAGCCUGCAGCCUCCUCUUCCUCCUGCACGGAUUGUUCCAGUGAUGUCACCGCGUCCAAACAUCUGAGCAGUUAGGUCGAAACAGGAUUACUCCCCACCCUGACACCAGCUCCUCGUACCAUCCCACCAUCCACCCUGAACCCGACCUCCCCUCACCCCCUCUCGCAGCUCCAGGGUUCUCCAAAGGUUUCUCUGUGGUGUUCUGGAAAGCUCCAUACGCCUCGGUGGCCUCGGACCUUCAUGCGUCUCCCAGCGGCAGAGUCCACCCACACCUCCACCCACCACACCACCACCACCACCACCACCACCACCACCACGACCAUGAGCUGUGACCAGGAGUUUGGAGACGGGGCCAUGGGAGUCACGCUCACACUGCGCCUCCUCAUGCACGGCAAGGAAGUAGGAAGCAUCAUCGGCAAGAAAGGGGAGACGGUGAAGAGAAUACGAGAAGAGAGCAGUGCGAGGAUCAACAUCUCUGAGGGUUCCUGUCCAGAGCGGAUCAUCACCAUCACGGGACAGACAGACUGUGUGUUCAGAGCGUUCACCAUGAUCACGUUCAAACUGGAGGAGGAUUUGGCAGCCUUGGUAGCCAACGGCACGGUGACCAGCAAGCCUCCGGUCACCUUAAGGUUGGUGAUCCCGGCCAGCCAGUGUGGCUCUCUCAUCGGCAAGGGCGGCUCGAAGAUCAAGGAGAUCAGAGAGACAACAGGUGCCCAGGUACAGGUGGCAGGUGACCUCCUCCCCAACUCCACAGAGAGAGAGGUGACGAUAUCAGGGAGCCAGGACGCCAUCAUCCAAUGCGUGAAACUCAUCUGCACUGUAAUCCUCGAGUCUCCACCAAAGGGAGCGACUAUUCCAUACCGACCCAGUCCGACUCCGGGAACUGUGCUGCUGGCAGGAAACCAGGUGUUCGAGGCGUCAGACUUCGGAUCUCACCCGCUCUUCUCGAUGGCACAGGGAGGAGUCGACCUGCAGCAGACCUACGCAGUACAGAGUCACUACGGCAUUCCACAUUCAGAGUUAGCAAAACUCCACCAACUGUCCAUGCAGCAGCAAGGCCUGGCCCCCAUCAGCCAAUCAGCUGCACAGGUUCUACCUGGAGGGCUGGACGCCAACUCCCAAACCACGUCUCAGGAGCUCCUCAUUCCAAACGACCUGAUUGGCUCAAUCAUCGGUCGCCAGGGCACCAAGAUAAACGAGAUCCGGCAGGUAUCAGGGGCUCAGAUCAAGAUCGGCAGUCAGAUCGACAGCACCAGUGACCGGCACGUCACCAUCACCGGCACACCGAUAGCCAUCAACCUGGCUCAGUAUCUGAUCACGUCAUGUUUAGAGACCGCCAAAUCCACCGCCCAGUCCUCCUCCAUGCCGUCUCCCGUUGACCUGACCAUGAGCUUCACCCAGCCCGCCCCCCCUGCCUCCGCCUCGUCCUCCUCCUCCUCCCCCCUGGCAGCGAUGGGUGCUGCACUGCCCCACGCUCCCAUCCUGGGCGCUCCCUACGCCCUCCCCCUCUCCAGCCUCCUGGGGAUGAAAUCCAUCCCUUACCUGGCGCUCUCCACCCCUCCCGCCUCAGCAGCGGCAGCAGCGGCGGCUGCAGCCGCUAUCGGGGCCCCCAUGUUACCGGGUUCGAUGCAGACGGCAGCGACGGCCGUUCCGGUUCAGGCUCACGCGGCGGCGGCCCUGGCGUCCUACACGGCAAAGAUCUCAUCCUCAGCCAACGGGAUGAAGAAGCCGGAGAGACAGAAGUUUGCGCCGUACUAACAAAGGUGGAAUGAAAGUUUGCAUCAGGUAGCUUCUGGGAACGAGGCUGGUUUUCAGGGAGGCAGUUUGAUUUUCCUUUCUUUUACUCUCUCUGUUCUUCUGAUGUUUUCUUUCUCUGCCUCUCCAACUCUUUAUUCCUUUCCUUAAAAAAUAUCAAAGUGGGAUCAUUGGAACAUGCACGAUUUCAGAUGUGUUGACUUGGAAGCCGAACAGUCAAACCAAGCCGAGCCGUGAACGUGUACAAGCAAACCUUGAUGUGCUGGUCACAAAACAGAAAUGACUUUCAGACACAACAAGCUUCAACCUGCUGUGCUGUCGGGUCAGUGUGCAGUGCUGGUGUGUUGGGUCUGAGAUGGCCUGACAGCUUCUCUUUGUACUGUUCAUUUAAAACUGACCAAUAGAUUCGACCUGUUUUCACUAACGAAGCUCUCCUAACCUGGGGACAGGUAUCACAUUUAGUUUCACUGUAACAUUAAAAGCCUCCCACCAAUUCACCAUCACUGAGCUUUUAAUGUGAAGCAGCAGUAAACAAUCAUGUUAGUCUGACAUGUGAAAGUACAAAAGACUCAGAUAGCAGCGAGACGCCACCACGGCUCGGUACAGUCCGACUAAAGAGGACCAGACUUUCUCAAACAGCAACUGAAGUGGGACAAGAAUCCUGGUUCUGAUUCUGUAUGUUGCUAAAUAAGAAACUACAAAAAAGAAGUCGUCAUGUCCUCUGCAGACUCUUACAAACAGCCAUAAUUAACCCCGACGUCGACCGAUGCCCAUCGGACAGAAGAGAGACAGACAUAACGGGACACAAGCGUCAGGUUUGUGUUUCAGAAUAAAACUUUGCUGAGUGCUCAAACAGUCGGGCGAGUUUGACGAGGACGUUAAAGAAGACAGAAAUAUCCAGCAGUUAGACAAUCCUGUACAGCAAGGGCUGAUGGUCUCACUGCAUGCAGCUUUAUGUUGCUGUCUGCAUGUUUCCGUGCAGACAUUCACUGGUUUAAUAAACCACUCAGGGUCGCUGACUCCUCGCUACGUCUCCCCCAAAACCCCAAAACCCCAAAACCCCAAAACCCUGAAACCCUGAAACCCUGAAACCCUGAAACCCUGAAACCCUGAAACCCGUUUGUAGCUCUUCGAUGCAGCCGUGCCUCUGAAAGUCGGCUCACGUGUCCUGAUGCCUUCAUGUCUCUGCGUGCAGUUGAGGUGUUCCCAUGAAACAGGAAGCAGAGUCUGUUUACUUCCUUUUUUGGACGUGUUUCCUGUCCAAUAGGGAGGGUAUAAUUGAUAUAUGCUAAUGAGUCAUGUGACUACAGUGUUCGUUUCCAUCCUGCGUUAAGUUUGAUCAACUUUCCAUCAAACUUUUCCAAUGAAAUACUUUAAAAUACGUUAACGGAGCACGAGUCAUCGCUCAGUUGGAUGGUUUGUGAUCCGACAUGAGCUUCAUCAGGUAGCUUUCUACCUUUUCAAAGAUCUGCUUCCUGCAUUGAACCUGAAGAUGGGAAAGAAUGAGCUCGGGUGAAUCAGGUCCGAGCAGAGACAUGAAGAAAGCAUCAGACAGAAUGAAAGCAGCAUUUCUUCCAAUAAUCCCACUUUCUUUCACUCCAGCUCUGUUUUCUUUGACUUUUAUUCCGGACGUGUUUCCAGAGACCCGCCCUCGUCAGAGCGAGUGUGUAGCUCCUGUGUGAUGAUCCUGAUGUUAAAGGUUAUUUGGGCCACAAAGCCUGUAAAAGCCAUAGAGACUCUUCAGCUUUCCCUCCUCGUCUGGUCCUGCUUCUCUUUUUGUCCCUUCUAUUGUAUACUCUCAUAUUUAUUGACUAAUAUGAAAUAUUCCCUCAGAGAGUUUAUAUCACUGGUCACUAACACUGAGCCGAACAACUCGGCUUUUGUAUACAAUGAUGUCUACUUGUAUAUGACUACUUCCUUUCUGCUUCCUGUCUGUUUUAUUUUUUAACAGAAACAGUCUGUAUUUGUU